AUGACGCGAUCCGCGCCCAUCUGGGGCCCCAAGAGGCUGUUGGCUUUGGCCACCGCCUUGGCCACCGGAACUCUCGCCGACUCGAUUCUCAAGACGACCAGCUUCAUCACGUGCGGCAACGACACCGCCAUCACCGUCCAAAAGGUUGACAUCGUGUACAACAACGACGAACAGACUGUCACUUUCGACGUGGCAGGAACGAGCGCCAAGUCCCAGAACGUGACGGCCAUCCUAGACGUCUCUGCCUACGGCAACGCCAUCUACUCCAACACCUUCAACCCUUGCGAAGCGGGAACCUACGUCGAGCAGCUUUGCCCUGUUCCUGCUGGUACCUUUGCUGCCCGCGGUACCCAGAAGAUCCCUGAACAGUACGCCAGCCUGGUUCCCGCCAUUGCCUUCGCCAUUCCCGAUAUCGCCGCCCAGGCCAAGCUGCAGCUCAAGGCCCUCGACAGCAGCGAGGAAGUGGCCUGCAUCACGUCACAGGUCACCAACGGCAAGACGGCCAGCGUUCCUGCCGUCUCGUACAUCGCCGCUGGCGUCGCCGGCCUCGCUCUAGUCGCUACUGGUGUGUCAGCCGCCGGCUCCGCGCUCGCUGGAGGUAGCGCUGCCCUCGGUGGUGGCGGCGCCACCGGUGGUGCAGGCACGAUCAGUCCCAGCUUCACCGAGGUCUUUGGAUGGUUCCAGAGCAUGGCAAUGAACGGCAUGCUCUCCGUCAGCUACCCUCCCGUCUACAGCAGCUUCGUCCAGAACGUUGGCUUCUCCACCGGCCUCAUCCCCUGGACUGACAUGCAGAUCUCCAUCGACAACUUUCGUGCAAUGACCGGCGGUGACCUUAGCAAGGACAGCGUCCAGGUUCUCAAGAACACCACCCUCAUCCUCGCGGACGGCUCCACCGUCGACGGUGGCAGCGCCCUAUUCAAGACCAAGCGCGCCAUUGAGGCCUUCCAUUCCCUUGUCUUGAGAGAGAUCGAGACGACCGUCAACGGCACGGCGUCUGGGUCCAGCGACUCCGACGACCCCAUCUCUACCAUCAAGCAGAAGGUUCAGGGCAUCACGGCCUUCGUCAACACCCUCAGCGUGCCCAAGUCCAACACCUUCAUGACCGUCCUCCUGAUCGUCGCCAUCGUCAUCGCCGCCAUCAUUGUUGGCAUUCUCCUCGUCAAGGUCAUCCUCGAGUUCUGGGCCCUCUUCGGCAGCUUCCCCAAGAGCCUCUCGGGUUUCCGUGAGCACUACUGGGGAUCCAUCGCUCGCGCCAUCACCUCACUCAUCAUGCUGCUCUACAGCAUCUGGGUAUUGUACUGCAUCUUCCAGUUCACCAACGGAGACUCGUGGGCCGCCAAGAUCCUCGCCGCCGUCAGUCUGGGUAUCUUCACGGCCAUCCUCGCAUUCUUUUCCUACAAGAUUUGGAGCACUGCUCGUAAGCUGAAGCAGGCCGAGGGUGACGUCAGCGGCCUCUACGAUAACAAGACCAACUGGAUGAAGUACAGCCUGUUCUACGAGUCCUACAGGAAGGACUACUGGUGGAUCUUCGUUCCGGUCAUCAUCUACAUGUUCGCCAAGGGCUGUAUCCUCGCCGCCGGCGACGGUCACGGCAUGGCCCAGACCUCGGCCCAGCUCAUCGUCGAAGGUCUCAUGCUUUGCCUCCUCGUGUGGUCCCGCCCCUUUGAGCGCAAGUCCGGCAACGUCAUCAACAUCACCAUCCAGGUCGUUCGUGUGCUUUCUGUCGCCUGCAUCCUUGUCUUUGUCGAGGAGUUUGGCAUCCCCCAGACUACCCAAACCGUCACUGGUGUCGUCUUGAUUGCCGUCCAGUCCGCGCUGACGGGUAUUCUCGCUAUCCUGAUCUGUUGGAACGCCAUCAUCGCCUGCUGCAAGGAGAACCCUCACCGCAAGCGCAGAAAGGAGAUGGAGAAGAUGCAGCGCGACAUGGACACCCUCACUCCCCUGGACGCUCGGAACUCCCUCCUCAUGGACCGCAAGGACCCCGAGCACGGCACCACCUUUUCCAUGUCCAGCGUUCCCGAGAAGAAGGACAGCCGCUCAGAGUCUCCGGAUUACUAUCUGGGCGCCGGUCCCAACGCCCCCUACCGCCCCCUGACGCCCAAUGCGCCAUACAACCACGCCAACUCGAGUCAAGAGAACCUCGUCCUGGGCGCCGCACCCAUCGCCGACAGGAAGCCGACAUUGCCCAACCUGGGUGGCGACUACAAUGCGGGUGGAUAUGGCGGUUCCGGCCACCGGGGUGCGUAUUGA